ACACCGCUUCUAUCAACACACUCGUCUGCCUUUGACACUCGCUGGUCUCAUCACCGAUCCCUUCUCUCACCAAGAGCAGCGUCUUUGUCGUCUCGACCCGAAGAAGAAAACCAACAAUGUCCGGCAUCAUGAAAGUGCUCCUGCUCCUGGCCGCCGCGGUCUGCAUCUCUACAGCUAUGAUCAACGAAUCUGGUGAGAACUGUCUGUGUCAGCAUACCCGUAAUGGCACUGACGGGAUGGAUUUGAAGGACCUCCAGAUCUACCCGGCCACCAUCUUCUGUAACAAAGUGGAGAUUGUUGUCACCACCGGCGCAGGACACCGCUACUGCCUGAACCACAGGGCGAAGGCAGUGAAAGCCAUCGUGCUUCAGAUCCUAAGGUCCAGGAGAUCCAUCAAACCCAGCCAGUCCAGCUGAUUUCCCUUCCAGCAGAGACAUGUAGCUCUGUAUCACUCCUUGGAUAAACACAUGACCUCUGACCACCUCACGAAGGCACCUUUAUUGAUUGUAGACGUGAAAUGAGUCCAACCUUUUGUUUAUUUAUCCUCUAUCCUAUCCUAUCAUAUUUUUUAUAGAUUUCUCUGUAUUGUCUCACUUUCUCUGACUUGUCUUGCGAACAGAUUUUAUAUUUUAUGUUUUCUAUGCAUGUUAUUGUAACUUAACUUUUUUAAAUAAUAAUAAAAAAUCCAAAAAAAUA